CUUCCCAGCCUCUUCUCCUGGUCCCAUCUGUGUUGCGACGAACCCCUCGAUACCAAAAUAACAACACCACACUGCUCGAACACAGUAACUGUCACUGCGCAAUUCUAGUAGAUCCCAACAAUCAACAGAUCUUCGUUAUCAAUCAGUCUUUUCUGCGCCACAACAGAGGUCCUUCACGAAGUUCAGGGGGUUUGCGCAAGAUGUCGCUCCUUACUUUCAGGUCGCCCGUCAACUAUGAGGAGCAUCAGCUCGCUUUUGAGGACUUCCUCUCCACUUUCAAGACUUCCCCGAAGUCUGAGCUUGCAGGGGCUCUCCAUGAUAUGAAUAUCGACGAGGAUGAUUUCAGUGACGAUUACGACUUUAUGGAUGAUGAUGACGAUGAGGGGCAGGAUUCGCGGAGACGGACAGGAGCGCAGACAAAAGCGCCGAAACUGAAGUACAUGGAAGUCCUCCAGAAAGUCGCAGACCGUUAUGAAGACGAAAUUACCAUCGAUUUGGAUGAUCUGGCUCAGUAUGAUCAAGUCCUGGAGGAGAGUGGAACCCCAUUAAACUUGGUCGCAUCGAUCGAAGUCAAUGCGAAGCAUUAUCUAGAUAUCUUGUCGAAGGCGGUAGACAAAGUCAUGCCCGACCCCACGCGAGAAAUCAACUACAAGGACGAUGUCCUAGAUGUGCUCAUGGCUCAACGAACAGCCCGAAACAACGCUCUUCAACGAGCUGCGGCAGAUCAACCAGAGACCAUCCUUGAACCAGAACUUUUCCCAGCGGAGUUGACUCGCCGAUACACAUUGAAUUUCAAACCAAGAAUGAACAAUGGAGAGCCUCUGAAGGCCUUGGCUGUACGACAAGUUCGUGGAGAGCACCUGGGCCAUUUAAUUACCGUACGAGGAAUCACGACAAGGGUCUCCGAUGUCAAGCCAACUGUGGAGGUCAACGCAUAUACGUGCGACCGUUGCGGUUGUGAGAUCUUCCAGCCAGUCGGAACGAAAACUUUUGGUCCUUUGGUUGAGUGUCCCUCGCAGGAUUGUCAGACCAACCAGACCAAAGGACAGUUGCACCACUCCACGCGUGCCUCCAAAUUUCAGCCAUUCCAGGAAGUAAAGAUCCAGGAGAUGGCUGAACACGUUCCGGUCGGCCACAUUCCAAGAAUGUUAACAGUUCUGUGCCAUGGUGCCUUGGUUCGUCGGAUCAACCCUGGAGAUGUGGUGGACAUCGCUGGUAUCUUUUUGCCAACUCCAUACACUGGAUUCAAAGCCAUCAGAGCUGGUCUCCUCACAGAUACAUUCCUCGAAGCUCAACACGUUACCCAGCACAAGAAGGCUUAUGAAGAUUUAGCUGUGGACAACCGAGUUUUCAAGCGAAUCGAGCAAUACCGAGCAUCUGGUCAUGUCUACGAAUAUUUAGCGAAGUCUAUUGCUCCCGAAAUCUAUGGUCAUUUGGACGUGAAGAAGGCUCUCUUGCUGCUGCUCGUAGGAGGUGUAACGAAAGCUAUGGGAGACGGCAUGCGAAUCAGGGGAGACAUCAACAUUUGCUUGAUGGGUGACCCUGGUGUGGCCAAAUCUCAAUUGCUCAAAUACAUCACCAAAGUUGCCCCUCGUGGUGUCUAUACUACUGGUCGAGGAUCUAGUGGUGUCGGCCUUACUGCAGCUGUCAUGAAGGAUCCCGUCACUGACGAAAUGAUCUUGGAAGGUGGUGCUCUGGUUUUGGCAGACAAUGGUAUCUGCUGUAUCGACGAGUUUGACAAGAUGGACGACAGUGAUAGAACUGCAAUUCACGAAGUUAUGGAGCAGCAAACGAUUUCGAUUUCGAAAGCCGGAAUAUCAACGACUCUCAACGCGCGAACUUCUAUUCUCGCCGCUGCUAAUCCUCUCUACGGUCGCUACAACCCACGCAUCUCCCCCGUCGAGAACAUUAACCUUCCAGCUGCUCUUCUGUCUCGUUUCGACGUCCUCUUCCUUAUCCUUGACACUCCUACCAGAGAUACCGAUGCUCUUCUCGCUCGCCACGUCACCUUUGUUCACAUGAACAAUAAGCAUCCAGAUACUGAUGGCGUAGUUUUCACUCCGCACGAAGUUCGCCAAUAUGUUGCUCAAGCACGGACUUUCAGACCAGUUGUGCCUACACCAGUCUCAGAGUACAUGGUGAAGGCAUACGUCAAGAUGCGCGAUCAGCAAUCUCGAGACGAGAAGAACAAGAAACAGUUCACCCACACGUCACCACGUACACUCCUCGGUAUACUUCGUCUUGCCCAAGCCCUCGCACGUCUGCGCUUCAGUGAAGAAGUUGUCCAGGAUGAUGUUGAUGAAGCUUUGCGACUGAUCGAAGCUAGCAAGGAGUCCUUGUACCAAGACCAGGGUGGUUAUGGCAAGGACAUGAGCCCCAGCUCUCGAAUCUACAAUAUGGUUCGUGCUCUUGCAGAGAGUGGACAGUGUAGGCCGGAUGAUGCGGAGGAUGGUGACGAGGAACUGGGAAUGGAACUCAGCAUGAAGAAGGUCGAGGGCAGAAUUAUCGCAAAGGGUUUCACGUUAGACCAGUGGCAGACCGCGGUCAUGGAGUAUACCAAUUUGGACAUUUGGCAAACUGCUGGAAACGGUACCCGCCUCAUUUUCAUCGUCUCGGAAGCCGCACACAUGGCUCGCGAUGCUGAGUUUGAAAUGGAAUAGACGGUUUAUGCAUUCUUGGGGCAAGGUUGGGAAGGGCUCUGGUCUUACGUGGAUAUGUCAUUUAUGGCGUUCUAGGCAUUGAUUUUUAUUCUGUUCGUUCUGGCUGAGUUGAGAGCCAAAAAUGAGGAGGGCGUUUUGUUGUGGACACAGUUUUCGUGUGUGUGUUAAGAGUAGAGAAACUAAUUGAAUCAAAUACAUGUUUUUCUCGGAGC